AUAUCAAACGUCUACAGUACCAACUACCAACUGUCUAAACUGUAAACUCUUAAAACUAGUCAAUAAUCACUAUUCACUAUUGGCUAAUGAGUUAAUGACUAAUUGUUAAAGUAGUGAUUGCUGACACCUGUAAUAUGGUUGUGAGUUUUAACAUACUUUAGGUAUCAGGUCUUGGACAAAUUAUGGAUCCAUUCAUAAUUGCUGCUAUUGUUAGUGGUAUUGUUUUAAUAAUUUUAAUUAUUGCAUUUCUUCGUGUGUCACAAGUUAAUACGAAACCUGCCGCAAGACCAAGAGCUGUAGCUCAAAGAGAUGGAGGUCCAGGACGAGUCCAAGCGGUAAGAAAUCAACGGGCUCGUAUGAGAGCAAAUGCUGCACGACAUGCUGCCCCACUAGAAGAAGAGCCUAUCAUUCAUGAAGAAGUUGAAGAUGAAGACAGAUCUGAUGUCCAGACAAUGGAAAUUGAUGAUAAAAUGGGAGCUAAGAAAAGGGCUAAAAUGGAAGCAAAGCUGGAGAAAAAAAAAGCUAGAGAAGCAGAGGAAAAGAUAAGAGAGAUAAAGAAACAACGUGAUUUAGAAUUAGAAGAGGAACGUAAGAAAGUAGAAGAAAAACAAGAGGAAGAGGAAAGAAAAAUUGAAGAAGCUCUCCGUAAAGCAGAAGAAGAAAGAAAGAAACAAGAACAAGAGGAAUAUGAAGCAUUAAAGGCAGCAUUUACAGUUGAAGGUGAAGGGUUUGAUGAAAAUGAGCAAGAAGAUGUAUCUAAUCUUCUACGUAACUUCAUAGAAUAUAUUAAGACACAAAAAGUAGUUCUACUUGAAGAUCUUGCAGUACAUUUCAAAUUAAAAACGCAAGCUGUUAUUGACCGAAUUACUGAACUGCAAGAAUCAGGCGAGUUAACAGGAGUGAUUGAUGACAGAGGAAAAUUUAUUUAUAUUGCCUUGACAGAAUUAGAGGCUGUAGCUAAGUUUAUUAAACAAAGAGGCAGAGUUUCAAUAUCAGAGUUAGCAGAAAGUAGUAACCAAUUAAUAAAUCUUAAUCCUGUAACAGUCUUCACAUAAUAAUUUGUUCAAAUAUCAAUUGUUAUUCAAAAACUGUAAAUAUGUGUGUAUUGUUAAAACAAAUUAAGUCAAGACCUCUUGACUUGUUUUUUAUGUUAGCUUAACUAAAAUAAAAACCUAUUAUUUUAUAAA